UUGCUGUGUUCCUCCAGCUCCACACUGUGUUAUUUCCCCUGGCUCUGUGGUCUAGAACUGAGGACCAGUCUCAGAAUAAGUCGCAAGUCAUUUUGGACUGAGAUAACCAUACCAUCCUCUUCUGGAGCUUGACGGGUCGUUCAGAUUAUGGAACACGGACUCCGCUGGUUCAUCAGCAACUCUCUCCGAAGGCAGGGUCAUCUUGGGAGGACCUGCAGACGCUUUUGCCAGCUGACGCAAAAUAUAACGACAUGUAGACAGACUGGCAGAUUUUGCUUGUCGCGUCUCCCUGGAAAUGUUUACAGGCCCCAGUCAGAGAGGCACUGUCAUAAUGACUUCAGUGAACUACUUCAGCUGGAAGCUGUGAGGAAGUACAUUGAUGAUCUGAAAGACGAGUACAAAGAAAUCACAAACAGACUGAAUUGCAACCAGUCACACGAGGAAGAUGGAAAGUUAUUAAGCAGACGUCAUGUCAGGCUGGCUCCCCUCGCCUCAGUUUUGGAAGAGCUGCAGUCGUCAGAAAAAGAUUUGCUUGAAUUGGAAUCUAUAUACAAUAGUCUGAAGGCCAGAGAUGACCAGGAGUUGAUACCAUUGGUCCUUGAAGAACAGCAGCAGUUGAACAAAAGCAUUGUGGUUUUACAGGGAAAGCUCCUUCGGACACUGGUGCAAAAGGAGAAACACGAUGAAAGCAACGUGAUUCUUGAGGUGACAGCAGGAAGAACAACAGGAGGUGAUAUUUGCCAGCAGUUUACAAGGGAGAUUUUCAAUAUGUACAGACAUUUCGCAGGCUUCAAGGACUGGAACUUUGAAGUACUGAACUACACACCUUCAGACUAUGGAGGACUACAUCAUGCAUCAGCGUAUAUUUCAGGGGAGAGUGUUUAUCGCUUUUUAAAAUAUGAGGGUGGAACCCACAGAGUUCAGAGGAUUCCUGAGAUGGGUCUGUCAUCGCGAAUGCAACGCAUCCAUACUGGCACCAUGACUGUCAUUGUUCUCCCCCACACUGACGAGGUCGGUACUAAAGUAAAUACCAAUGAUUUGAGGAUCGAUACCUUUCGAGCUAAAGGAGCAGGGGGACAGCACGUGAAUACAACAGACAGCGCAGUCAGAAUCGUUCAUAUUCCAACAAGUUUAACAGUAGAAUGCCAACAACACCGAUCACAGUUGGAGAACAGAAAGCUUGCCAUGCGCAUAUUAGAAGCAAAACUAUAUCAACAGGUGGCAGAAAGAGAACUGGAGCAGAGGCAGAGUACUCGGAAACUACAGGUUGGAACAAGAGCACAGUCAGAGAGAAUUCGAACUUAUAAUUUCACCCAGGACAGGGUUACGGAUCACCGGAUUAACUACAUUGUUAGGGACAUUAAGGAGCUUCUGAGUGGUGGGAGACAGCUGAAUGAACUGAUUAGUAAACUUCUGGCGUCAGGAGAAAAUGAAGCUGUUCUGGAACUUAUAGAAACUAGAAAUAAAUGAAUUAAGGAAGGGAAGUAAAGCUAAAAUAAUUGUAGAAUGAAGUAUUUGAAAGAAAUAAAAUGCAAACUAAUGUAUGGUUUUCUCCAAGCAGCCUCUUCAUAUUAAGAUUCAAGUUCUGGCUGCGCUGAGUUGUAAAUCGUGGACGCUGUCACUUAGUUGAAUCUGUCAAAACUAGAAGCAAAUCCAUUUGCAGUACCCCAGUUUCUUUACCCUGUGACGGAAACUAACAGGUUACUGGGAAGGAUGCUUCUGUGACAUUUAUACAAACGUCUGGAUCAGUGUAAUUAGAAUUACUGUAUUUUCAAAAGUGACAUUUAACAUUACAGCUAGAGCAUAAUUUAAGACCUAAAAAAGUAUGUAAUUAUUCAAGCAGUUUUAAAUGCCUUACCAUUUCAAACAAUAGAAAAGCAUCCUGUGGCCUUGGACUUCAUCUUUUGAUGUGCAAUGAAAUAGUAGACUUCAACAAAAAGGGACUGGAUUAAGGGAUUGAAGGAGAAGGAUUUUACAGAGAAAGGAAGCUUUUCAAAACAGCCAGCAAUGUUCUCCUAUUCUACUACAUUAUAUUGAAUGUACGAAUUGGAACGUCGAAGAUCGGAGCAGGAGUAGUUGACGGGUCAAAUCAAGCCUAUUCUGCCAAUCGCACACAAUACCUUAAUCCUGCCCUCCCCCCACAUUCCUUGCUCCCUUUAGCCACAAGAUUAAAUCAACCUCUUUCUUGAAAACAGUGCUGUUUGGCCUCAACUCCUUUCUGUGGCAGUGAAUUCCACAGGCUCACUAUUCUCUGGGUGAAGAGAUUCUUCCUCAUCCCAGUCCUAAAAAGUCCUUACCUUCAAACUGUGACCCCUUGGACUGGACUCCCUCACCAUUGGGAACAUCCUUUCUGCAUCUAACCUGUCUAGCCUUGUUAGACUUUUAUAGGUUUCCACGAAAUUCCUCCCCCCAUCCCAUUCUUCUAAACUCCAUUUAACACAAUCCGUCUGACUCACUCUCUCCUCAUAUUUACCACCCCAGGAAUCCCAACUUCAUUCAGACCCAUUUGAAUCAAAGAGCUCUUCCAUCAGGCAGAAGAUAUAAAAGUUUAAAUACAAUCACAAACAGAUUCAAGAGCAGCUUGUGCCCUGCUGCUACCAGACUUUUGAAUGGACCUGUUUAAAAUUUAAUGGUGUAGACAGAUCAACUUCUUGGUCGCUGUAACACUGUAUCCUCCACUCUGUUCUGUAACACUGAAGCACUUUUGCAGUAUGAUUUGCCUGCAAGAACAUGCAAGACAACACUUUUCACUGAAACCUCAGUACACGUGACAGUAAUAAAUUAUUGUUAUUUCAUCUUUUCAAACCUUCAUUAUGGUUUAGGGCUGAUACCUAGGCUUUUCAACUGAAAGAAUAGAGUUGAGUAUUUUACCCUGUUGACGCAGGGUGCUGUAUCAAUACUGAUGAGGUUAGUAGUAGUGGGGAAAUUAUGAUAGCUUUUAUCACAAAUAAGCUACUAAAUGGCAUUGUCAUAGGAUACAUGACAAAAGGUGUAGAAAAACAACUGCCGGAAAAGGAAUGCAAUUUGCAAGGCUUGAUAAAGAAGGAUGCUCGCUAUUUUAAAAGAUUCCAUUAAGUGUGCCACUGUAGGGCAUUUUCUUGCAACAACCACAUUUAACCAGUCAAUUAAUCAUAAGUGCAUUCAAACCAACACAAUCAAAUCUUCUGGAUGUGAGUUUGCUCCCUGAGCUGGAAGGUUAGUUUUCAGACGU